CUACAUACACAGGCACACCACCUUGUCUGUUUCCUUCUGAACUUACACUUUCCCUUUCUUAGUUUCUUCUCUCUAAAAAGUUACUUUUCAACACUCACUUAAGCUUACACUAACCCAUCAGUUCACCAUGAAAGUUCUUUGUUAAGCUUAUCCAAAACAUAAACCCAAAAUGUAUUAAUUAACUAAGUAUUGGAAGUGAAUGGGGUGCAUGUUUUCUCAGUUAGCUGCAAAGUUUGCAUUUUUUCCUCCUUCCCCACCCACUUAUCAGAUCAACCACAAGCAAAAUGGCAAGCUCACUGUGCACUCUUCAUCUGCCUCCUCCACUUCCAUGCCACUUCCUCUUCCUAAUGAUAACUCAUUUGAUGUUCUUUUAAUCGACACUCAAAAAGGGAACAAGAUUGUUGCUUUCUACUUGAAAAAUCCUUAUGCCAGGCUCACUCUUUUGUACUCUCAUGGAAAUGCUGCUGACCUUGGCCACCUUUAUGAUCUCUUUGUUCAGCUCAAGAUCAACCUCAGAGUUAAUAUUAUGGGAUAUGAUUAUUCCGGUUAUGGAGCCUCUACCGGUAAGCCCAGUGAAUCUAAUACUUACUCAGAUAUCGAGGCUGUUUAUCAAUGUCUUCAGACAGAGUACGGAGUUAGUCAGGAAGACUUGAUAUUAUAUGGUCAGUCGGUCGGUAGUGGUCCAACAUUGCACUUGGCAGCUAAGUUGCCAAGGCUGAGAGGCGUAGUUUUGCAUAGUGCUAUUCUCUCCGGUCUUCGUGUGCUCUGCCAUGUAAAGUUUGCGUGUUGCUUUGACAUAUAUAAGAACAUAAACAAAAUUAAGGCGGUAAAAUGCCCUGUGCUUGUGAUACAUGGUACGGAGGAUGAUGUCGUGAAUUGGUUACAUGGCAGUGGACUAUGGGAAUUGGCUAGAGAACCAUAUGAGCCACUGUGGAUCAAAGGAGGCGGGCAUUGUAACUUGGAAUUAUACCCUGAUUAUAUCAGUCAUCUUAGCAAAUUUAUUCAAGAAAUGGAGAGUAUAACCACAAAAACCCGGCUAAAAAAAAUACGGCAAAAUCUAAGACUAAGACCAAGGUCCCGAACUCCUACUUCUAAGAAGUGUUGUAGGUUUAAGGUAUGGCGACCAAGAUGCCCUAAAUGUUUCAUACCAAAGUGCAUAAAGUGUUUUAGUCGACCCAAAUGCUCGGAAUGCUGUAAGCCAAAGUGUAUUAAAUGUUGUUGGAGAGGCGGGUGCCGAAGUUGGAGGUGCUGUGUGGGGAUGCAUAGUGGGAAACAGGAAAGCUGCUGCUGAUGAUGAUAACAAGGUUUGUAUAGAUUUUGCAGAAUUUAAAGUACUAACACCUGCUAAGUAGUGGUCAUUUUUUAACAUAAUUGGAUAUCUUUUCAAACUAGUGAUUCUAUGAUGAGCUCGUUUAGAUAUUGGCCUUUGGUGGAUUAAUAUCAUAAAUUGAGAUACCCAAAAUUGGAGUUUUUGUUUUUCACUAAUCCUAAGGCAAGUGAUGAAAUCUUAAUAUUUGUUGCAAAACUAUUAAAUUACCAUUC